AGCGACACAUAUUGCAUUCUUCUGUGUUAUGACACAAGAUAGACUUCUCUUGCAUACUCAAUACAAAAGUAUUUUGCCAUCUAUUUGCAUUGUGUGAUAAUCCUGCGUCUCCGAGCUCGGGUUCCCUUCAAAUAUUGUGUAUAAUGUAGUAAGCGCCUGUACGUGGCGUGGCGCGGCUGUGGCCAACAGGCCAAGGUCGGCUGGCUGCCUCUUGCACCGCAACCUCGACGACCAUAAAGACUCGUUUCUCUCCUCGCCCUUUCCCUUGUGCUCCCACUUCUCAGUAUACCUUCGCUCGCUGUUUUCUCUUUCUCUACUCCACAUUCUUAAUCAUGGUGGCGGCAUUCGAGGCUCUUAUGGCCAUGAGUGCCACUAACACUCGGAAGGUCGAAAACGACUUCCAGACACUCCUAGCAGAGAAACAGCGACAGGAAAAACUCAAACGGAAGGCGCAAGAAGAGAAGGAGAAGAGAGAAAGAGAGCUUCAGGCGAAAUUACGUCUGAAGCACAUGGAAGAGGAGAAACGGAAUCAGGAGAGGUUGAAGAGACAGGAAGAGGAGCGUGCGGCCAAACAACGGGAGAUGGAGAGAAGGGAGGCUGAGAUGAGGGAUAGUCUGCGAUUUGGUCCUAAAGGUUCAAAGACUCAAUAUCCGUCUUCGAGUUCUGCGGGUGGCUCACGACGUAGGACCUCCCCCUCGGACGAUGGCGACGGUCCCGGCGGCUCAGCGCUCACUCGAGAGGAGAAGAGGAGAAAACGGCUAGAGAACGAGAUGCGAUUUGGCUUGAAGACAUCCAGAAGGUCUACCCAUACUUCAGGUUACCAGAGGAUGGGUAAACGGCUCCCAGGCGGUGCUGUUGAUGUUGUGGCCACGGCCAACAACAGCGACAGCGCCAAUGCUACGCAGUACCGUUCCGUGAAGGAACGAUUGGCUGCCCAGAUGCCUACACUUACGCCUCUGAAUCAGGAGAAGCGCGAUACUCGAACGAUUGACGAGUUCACUCGAGAUCUUAAGGCGAAGAAGGAGGGGAGGGUUCUGGAGGGCGAUGCAGCGAAAGAGUUCCUCGCUCAUGGUUUCUUCAGCACUAAAACCAAACCGGAACUCAAGUCGUCGCAGGCGUCGUCGAUGUUUGGAUCCCGUGCUAGCUCGAUGGAGAACGAUUCGACAACUGCUGCUACUAGGCCAGGUGUGAAGAGCACCCCCUCGAAAUCUGCCACUCCUCCAGUCCAAUCCAAACUCGUACCCUCUGCCAAAUCCUCUGUACCUGCGACGAAGCCUGCUAUGCCCUCGUUCACAAAGACCUCGGCCCUAUCUGUGAAAGCCAUUGGGAAACUCCCCGCCCCAUCUAGUAGCGCUCCCGCGAAAACGCCGAGCAAACAACCUCUGUCCAAAGCCACACCCUCUUCCAGCAAGGUUUCUACUACUCCUCGACCUGUGCCCAAACCAUCCCUUUCCUCCAGUGCUUUGUCUAAGAAACGUCCUCGUUCACCUUCUCUCAGUCCCUCUCCGCCUCCUUCCAAAAGACGUCCCUCCGGUCCCAAGGAUGAUCUCAGUUCUCAAAUCUGGGCAUUGUUUGGUAGGGACCGGGACCGUUACGUUAAUCAGGAUGUUCUCAGUGAUGAUGAGGAUAUGGAGGCGGACGCCAGCGCUCUCGAAAGAGAGGAAUUGCGCAGGUCAGUCGUCUUUCUGUCGGCUAAUACUAAUGAGUCAUAUCCGGUUUGUGCUGUGAUAUUGAUUGUGGCUUUGUUUUGCUUUGUUACAGUGCCCGCCUUGCACGGAGAGAGGACGAGGAGGCACUGGAAGAAGAAAGACGCCGCGAGGAGGAGAAGCGCAGGCGCAAGAAGGAAAAGGAGGCUCGUGAGCGACGUCUCUGAUUUCCGUUUCCUUCUGUGGGGAAAGAGUCAUCACAGGAUGGCUUGCAAACAUAAUGGUAUUUCAGACUUUUACUUUCUGUCACCCCACUCAUAUGAUUCAUGACUGUACCCAUUGACGUAUCUUUGGUUCAAAGCUGUUCCUAUCGUCCUACCGUCUCUUCUGUCUUCAUCCUUAUUCUCCCUGUUAGGUCCUCAUAUCGUUCCCUGUAUCACUCGUCAUUCUUCACCAGUUUUGUGGAUACCCCACACGCAUACAUCAGUGCCAUCGACAUUUUUUUCUUCAUGACCCAUCAUCUAUCAUCUACUCGGUUCUCUGUUCUCUUGCCAUGGCUCGCGCACUUUUUGACUUGUAGAAUCAUCUUGCCUAGGCUUGCUUGCUUUAGGUUACUGUAUUUCCAUGACAUUUCCAAUUGCAUGAUAUUCACACAUAGAUGAGGCAAUUUCAAGCUGGACGGGAGCUCGAGCCUUGCCGUUUAUCUUCUCACUCGGCAGGUGUGAAUGUGAACAGUCGAAGAAAUGCAUAUUGGACUC